CUCUGAGCACUUCAGCUCUGCUCAGCUGCUGUGAAAACUCUGGGAGAGUGUGUGUGUGAACUCUUUGCGUGUGUGUGUUAGGAAGAGUUUUAUAUGUGUGCACAGGGCUGUGUGUUUUUCUAAGUGGAGCUGGAGUGGAGCUGUUCAUCAGUGGGGUUGACUGCAGACAGGAGAAUACUCAGAUCUCACUGUGCUGCCGUUUAACUUCCACUCUCCCUGCCUUUUGGACUCUUUUUUUGAUCUCACUAGACCCUUUUUGCAUCAAAGUGGGACUCUGUUGCUGCUGCUCUUUCUGUGUCCUCCACUGGAAUUACUCAAGUUUGUGCAGGAAUUUCUACCUGCUUUGAACCAUUCGUAUUUUCACAAUUUAUGGAUCCUAAAAGUCACUUUCAGUUCUUUCCACCUGUUUCCAGAUGAACGUCUCGAACCUGUGCACACUGAACUCCGGGCAUGCUCAAGCCUGAGAAUGGCUCUUUUGCAAGCUCAUAAGAAGAGCUCAGUAUAUGUGUGUCGGUGUGAAUACAACACAUUUUUAUAUUUUAUAUAGGGGAGUUUUUAGCUUUUUAUGUUUCCUUUUAAUUGCAAAGCUGUUCAAGGUCAAACUACCAAAAAAAGCUGGACUGUCACUAUGGAAAUGGUCAGUGCUGUUGGAGGCAUUUGGGGUUCAGGUGGAUGCUGAUCCCUGCCUGGAAUGUUCUGACCUGCUUUGGGAUUUGGUUCCCCUGGAAACAGGGAUCGGGACAGGUUUCUAUUUCCAUGAGUGACGUUUUUGGCCCAUUUUGGAUGUGAAACGUGAACUCGGUCGCCCUUCACAGAAGAGCAGUGGGUCAACCCAAACAAACUCUGCAAAAGAAAGGAGGACACUGUAAAGAUCCCACCGCAUGUCGAGAAGUUUAACACGAGGACUGUAGCCUGAAGCGAGAGGGAGCUUUGUGUUUUGAGCCUGUAAAGCUCCUGAAACUGAACUGAAACACAACAAGAACCACUAGAACAAAAACAAAAAAAUCAUCCUGUGAAAGAAGAGUCUUCUCUGACUGUGUCAAGAUGAUGACCAUGAUGAUGAUGAUGGCGGCCAUGAUGGUCACUUGCAGCUCUCUGUUUCUGCUGGGUCUGGCUGCGGCCCACGCCUCCUCCAGCACCGUGACCCGCACUUCCUCUUCAACUUCGUCCUCAUCCUCCUCGUCCUCCUCAUCGCCACGCAUGAAGCUCUCAUACAAAGAGCUGCAGCAGUUCCAUGGAGUGCGCCGGUUCGAGUUGGAGCGCUCCUGCUGCUUCAGCGCUCUGCUCCUCGAUGAAGAACGGGGACGUCUCUUCGUCGGUGCCAAGAACUUCCUGCUGUCACUCUCACUGGACAACAUCGCCAAGCAGGAACACAAGAUCUACUGGCCUGCUCCUGUCGACUGGAGGGAGGAGUGUAACUGGGCUGGCAAGGAUAUCACUUCUGACUGCGUGAACUAUGUGAAGAUUGUGCACCACUAUAACCGCACCCACCUGUACGCCUGUGGAACUGGGGCCUUCCACCCUACAUGUGCUUUUGUAGAGGUGGGACACAAAAUGGAGGACCACGUGUUCCGGAUCGACCCCUCUCAGGUGGAGGACGGGAAAGGAAAGAGUCCGUAUGAUCCACGCCACAAUGCUGCCUCUGUGCUGAUUGGUGAUGAGCUGUAUGCUGGCGUGGCCACAGACCUAAUGGGGCGUGACUUUACCAUCUUCAGAAGCCUGGGGAAAGGCCCCUCUAUCCGCACUGAACAGCAUGACUCACGUUGGCUCAAUGAACCAAAGUUUGUUGGUUCCUUCUGGGUGCCAGAAAGUGAAAACCCCGAUGAUGACAAGAUAUUUUUCUUCUUCCGCGAGACUGCGGUCGAGGCCCAGGGACUUGGAAAAUCCACCUACUCCCGCAUCGGACAACUCUGCAGGAAUGACAUGGGCGGUCAGCGGAGUCUGGUCAACAAGUGGACAACAUUCCUCAAGACCCGUCUCAUCUGCUCGGUACCAGGGGCGGAUGGCAGCGACACGUACUUUGACGAGCUGCGCGAUGUGUUCCUGUUGCAGACGAGGGACAGAAAGAACCCUCUGGUCUACACGGUCUUCUCUACUUCCAGCAGUGUAUUUAAAGGCUCAGCUGUGUGCCUCUAUUCCAUGAAUGACAUCCGGAGGGCCUUCCUGGGGCCCUUUGCUCACAAAGAGGGGCCCAACUACCAGUGGGUCCCCUUCCAGGGAAAAGUGCCUUAUCCCCGCCCAGGAAUGUGUCCCAGCAAGACAUUUGGCAGCUUUGAAUCCACUAAAGGUUUCCCGGAUGACGUGAUCCAGUUUGCCCGUCACCAUCCUCUGAUGUAUAAUCCGGUCUAUCCUAUGAGCCGACGGCCCAUCUUCGUCAGAACUAACGUGGACUACAGCUUCACACAGAUCGCUGUGGACAGAGUCAACGCCGCCGAUGGACAGUACGAUGUCAUGUUUAUUGGCACAGACAAAGGGACCGUUCUUAAAGUCAUCAAUGUCCCCAAGGAAAGCUGGAACAAUAUGGAGGAACUUCUACUGGAAGAGCUGGAGGUUUUCAAAGAUGCAUCGUCUAUCAACAACAUGCAGAUCUCCUCAAAACGACAACAGCUGUAUGUCGGCUCUGACACCGGCAUAGCCCAGGUUCCCCUCCACCGCUGCAGUGUGUAUGGGAAAGUCUGUGCUGAGUGCUGCCUGGCCAGAGACCCGUACUGUGCCUGGGAUGGAACGUCCUGCACUCGCUAUCUGCCCAACACCAAGAGGCGCUUCCGUCGUCAGGAUGUGAGGAACGGAGACCCCAACACUCUCUGCUCUGGAGAUCACCAUAAGCACCGCGUGACAGAGAGGAAGUUGUAUGGAGUUGAGGGAAGCAGCACUUUCUUGGAGUGUAUCCCCAAAUCCCUUCAGGCCAAAGUUACGUGGACCUUCCAGAAACAUUCACAGAACCCACGAGAAGAGGUACGUCUAGAUGACCGCAUCCUUCAGACCGACAGAGGUCUUCUGAUCCGCCGAGUCCUAAAGAGAGACAUCGGCAUCUACCAGUGCCACGCCAUGGAAUACGGUUUCACCCAGACUUUGCUCGGUAUCACCUUGGAAGUUGUGCCCUCAAUGUCUUCCUCAGUCUCCAAUCUACCCUCCGAUGCACAGGUCCGCAGUGGAGGCGGGCCAGCAGUGACCAAUCAAAAGCUUUGGUACCGGGACUUCAUGCAACUGGUGGAUCACCCUAACCUGAGCACCGUCGACCAGAUCUGUGAGCAAGUGUGGGCGCGCAAGAACGCGGGCAGCGAUCCGGUCGAUAAGGUAUUUCCCGCCCCAGCAAAGGACGGCCUCUCUGCGGGUCCCGCCGUCCGCCCAGCGAACAAGAAGUGGAAGCACCUGCAGGAGAUCAGGAAGGGGAGAAACCGCCGGACCCACGACGGGAAACCUAACCCUCGUGCACCGCGCAGCGCAGGGGAGUAACAACGCAGAGGAAGAGACGGAGAGGUAAAAAAGAAUGACUGAUACAGGAAGGAAGGAGGCGUAUGACAGAACGAGACUGAGAACUUCUGGAGGUGUUCACCCACACACACACACACACACACACACACACAUACAUACACCUCCUCCAUUGUGUAUAUUUCUCUAUGGAUGCCCCCCAGUAUAUUGUACACCUGUCCCCGACUCAUCACCCCACCGGUCAGCCCCUGCAUGUGCUGCCUUAUUGCCCAAUUCACUAGAAUAGUUGAAACAGAUACGUGAAAAGUAAACCCGACGCUACUGUGGGCGGUGCACUUAACACUCACCUGUCGUUCCCUUUGACACUGACUGUAGGAGGAGGGUGGGUUUGCCGUUUGUCAGCUACACGUGAUAUGUACAUAGCAGGUCACACAGUGUGGACACCAACUCUCUGGGCGACACCACUUGGGGGGGCGGAAAGAAAACCUCCAAACAAAAACAAAUCAACUCCAAGUUUUCAAAAAUGAAGCCUUCACAUGGCGUUUCCUGCCUGAAGAUUUGAUACCUGUGUACAUGGACUCGAGUGUUUUGCUCGACGGGAAAGAAUGGAGAAAUGUGACGACUGGGAUAUACUGCGAAAGAAUGGUCUCGAACUGGAAAACACACAAAAACACAUCCUUUAACGUUAUUCCUACAUAGACAGAUGCAUCGAUCGACUUCCUGUGGUGCUCCUGGUGCACAUACUUUCACCGGCCUCACUCUUCACGUGUCUGUGUGUGUGUGUGUGUGUGUGCGUGUGUGCACAGAUGAGGCGUGAGAUGCCAACAGUGUGGGUGCAGCCUGUGGAAUAAAUCAGCAUGAUGCCGUACUGAUUAUACUACAUAGCAUGUUUCUUAGUGGUUUCCUUAGGCACACUGAGGCUUGUUGCAGCAAAAAUAAAUCACAGAGUACAAUGCAGUUAUGGUUAGAGAGUAGUUGAAUCUGGCCAGAUAUGAUUAUAUUGCUUCACUGGUCCAAACCACUAGAGAAUGAGGGGGUGGAAAAAAACUACUGGCAUUCCAUGAUGUGAGAGAAAGAUGAGAUGUUUACAGUGCACAGACAAAGCUGGAGCUCAAAGAAAGUCUCUCUCUCUCUCUCUCUGAAGGCCCCGUAACGUCCCUGUCAGACCUGAGUACACCUACACACGUUUGAGUUAUGUUUUACGUGGCUUUGUUAACACAUACAGUACAUAAAUAUUUUUUAAGUAUAAAGAGUUUUGACAUGACCCAAAACCCUUGCUAUAAGAUUUAUUAUUUAUUGAGUUUUAUUUGAUUGUGUUCAGUGUGUUGUGUAUUAAUAUUAAGGAGAUACAUGAACACAGAAGUUUAGAUGGAGAGCGUUAAAACAGCGAGGAGGAGGAGGAGGAGGAGGAGGAGGAGGAAAGAUCUUUAGUGGACUUCACAUAUGACAACCCAUGUUUCGGGGAUUCAGUACAGUAUAUAUUUUAGCAUAUUUAUGAGUGAAAAUAUGUUGUUUUUUUCUUUUAUUCUAAGUGGUACUUUUACUUCUCGCUCUUUUACACUGUUCUUCCGUUUGUUUGUGAUAAAUACAUAGUGUAUAUGCAAAUGUUAUGAAAUGUCAUUAGCUCCUUAAUUCAGCACAGAUCCAUGUACACACAACAACAACAACAACAGAACUGCAUCACCCGCAAUAGUAGAGAAAAAAAAGAUGAACUUCCGUCUGACUUUAUACACUGUUGUCAUCACUUUUUCAGUAAUCAACACCAUUUUAAUUGUUUGCUGCUCAACAGUGUCAUCUCUUCCUAAAGGACAGUUAGUACAAUAAGGUCUUCCUUCCGUCUGUCUGUCUGUCUGUCUGUCUCAUGUACGGUAUCUAUCUGUGUAUUAUCUGUAAAGAAACUUUGUCAGUUGGUUGUCUGUGCUAACAUGGUGUGUGUGUGUGUGUGUGUGUGUGUAGCCUGCCCCCUAGUGUCCGUUGUGCGUACAAGCUCAGACAAAGAGCCGACCUGUGGGACCAUACUUUGUGUGAUAUCAUUGUCCCUCGACGUGAUAGAAAAAAUAAACCACUCGUGUAUGUGUUUUGCGUUCAUGAAAUCUCAACAUGAUUUCACUCUUUGAUAUGCGGUCCAAUUUGUGCUGCUACCAUAAAUAUCCCGAAAAGCAAGAUUUCCCACUAUACUCGCAACAGAAAUGUAUUUUUUAAAAAUAGUAUUCUCAAUUCUACAGUACGUCUUUGGGUGAAAGCAGCACAAACUAGGUCUGUGUGGGGGAUUUGUAGAUGUAUGGAAUCAUUGUGGUUAUUUAUGUACCUUCUUCUUUACAGAGAUGUAAUUAAUUCAUUCAAGAAAACAGCACGGACUGGACUCACUGACACCUGUAAAGUGGACACGUUUCCAGAGCAGCAGAUGUUGGGUUUAGGUCUACUAAUACGCUAAAAUGGAGAUUAAAAGUAAUUAGUUGUGUACAUAGCCUUUUUUAGAAUGGUAGUGAUGUCAGACUUGACCGAGUCUCCCUCUCACGCCAGCUGUCGUUUCCUCGUCUUUUAAAAUUGCAUGACCGAUGUUAGUGGCUGAACAUGUUUGACAAUGGUGUGGUGGCAAGAAAGAGCAAAAGAAAGAAAGCACAAUGUUGAAAAUGAUUAUUAUUAUUAUUAUUAUUAUGAUGAUGAUUAUUAUUAUUCCUAUGUAUUUAUGUGCAAAGAUAAGCUGGUACGCUGGGGUGGAUUUUUAUUUUUCUUAUUAAUGUAGAAAUACGUCUGUAUUGUUCAUGUUCUGCUGAAAAAUGGCUCAUCCUCAAUGUUUUGUACAUUUUGGCCAAUGAGGAAACUCCUCCUGAACAGUGUCCCAAUGAGAGCUUCUGCUGUUCACACUCGGCCCUCCAAUAAACACUCCUGUUGUAUCCCAGGCCAUGUGACGCACCCCUGUACAACAGCACAAGGAGAGGCUUGUGUAAGUGUGUGUGUGUGAGAAAGAAAUGUGUGCUUGUGAUUUAUAUGUGUGUGUGUGUGUGUGUGAGAGAGAGAGAGAGAGUUUUAGGGGAAAGCAGAGCUCUGUAUAUAAAGGCAAAAGAACAGUAGCAUGCAUGUGUAGAGAGAGCAGUGUCGGUGAAAGUUCAUAAGGUCAAGGCCAAAGUUAACAUGGUGCACUGUCAUUCUCCCAGAGGUCUUUGUGAAGAGUCAUGUUUUUGAUUAACACAAUAAAAUAUGCAGUUACUUUAAAA